AUGAGGCCGAACAGGUCUCCAGAGGAGAGCACUGAGGGAGAUGCUGGGAGAACAGAGUGGAAGCCCACGGCGAAAGAUGCUUUCAAAGACAUCUCUGUAUACUUCUCCAAGGAAGAAUGGGAAGAGAUGGGAGAAUGGGAAAAAAUUCGAUAUAGGAAUGUGAAAAGGAACUACGAAGCGCUGAUUGCUAUAGGUUUCAGAGCCACUCGACCAGCUUUCAUGCAUCACCGCAGGCAGGUCAUCAAACUCCAGGUAGAUGACACUGAGGAUUCUGAUGAAGAAUGGACACCAAGGCAGCAAGGUAAACCUUCUUCGAUGGCCUUCAGAGUGAAGCACAAUAAACACCAAAAGGCAAUGUCCAGGGCACCAUUAAGUAUGGAAUCUAGUUUGAAGGAAUUGCCGGGAGCAGCAAAAUUGCUGAAGACAAGUGGCUCCAAGCAGGCUCAGAAACCGGUGCCCCCUCCCAGAAAAGCAAGGAUCCCUGGACAGCACCCCAGGCAAAAAGUCGAACGCAAAAGAACGGAGACUGGAGUGAAGAGGUACAGUCUACGAGAAAGAAAGGGCCAUGUGUACCAAGAGGUCAGCGAGCCGCAGGAUGACGACUACCUCUAUUGUGAGGAGUGUCAGAACUUCUUCAUCGACAGCUGUGCUGCCCACGGGCCCCCAACCUUUGUAAAGGACUGUGCAGUGGAAAAGGGGCAUGCCAACCGCUCAGCCCUCACUCUGCCCCCUGGGUUAAGUAUCAGACUGUCGGGCAUCCCUGAGGCUGGGCUUGGAGUGUGGAAUGAGGCAUCCGAUCUGCCACUGGGCCUGCACUUUGGCCCCUAUGAGGGCCAGAUCACAGACGAUGAAGAGGCCGCCAACAGUGGAUACUCCUGGCUGAUCACCAAAGGGAGAAACUGCUACCAGUAUGUGGAUGGAAAGGACACGUCCUUGGCCGACUGGAUGAGGUAUGUGAACUGUGCCCGGGAUGAUGAGGAGCAGAACCUGGUGGCCUUGCAGUAUCAAGGGCAGAUCUUCUACCGAACCUGCCAGGUGGUCAGGCCAGGCUGUGAGCUGCUGGUCUGGUACGGGGACGAGUAUGGCCAGGACCUCGGCAUCAAGCAGGACAGCAGCAGGAAGAGCGAGCUCGCGGCCGGGAGAGAACCGAAGCCCGAGAUCCACCCAUGUGCCUUCUGCUCUCUGGCCUUCUCCAGUCAGAAAUUCCUCAGCCAACACAUCCAACGCAGUCACCCCUCUCAGACCCUCCUGAGACCAUCUGCAAGAGACCACCUCCAACCAGAGGAUCCCUGCCCAGGCAAUCAAAAUCAGCAGCAGCGAUAUUCCGAUCCACACAGCCCAAGUGACAAACCUGAGGGUCACGGGGCCAAGGACAGGCCCCAACCUUUGCUGAAAAGCAUAAGGCUGAAGAGGAUUUCAAGGGCCUCCUCCUACUCACCCAGAGGACAAAUGAGGGCUUCUCGGGUGCAUGAGAGAAUCACAGAAGAGCCCAGCACAAGCCAGAAACUGAAUCCAGAGGACACGGGCAAAUUACUCAUGGGGGCAGGGGUCUCAGGGAUUAUAAAAGUCAAGUACACAGAGUGUGGGCAAGGAUCCAAGGAUAGGUCAAGUCUCAUCACAAACCAGAGGACACACACAGGGGAGAAGCCCUACGUUUGCAGGGAGUGUGGGCGAAGCUUCAGUGAUAAGUCAAAUCUCAUCAGACACCAGAGGACACACACAGGGGAGAAGCCCUAUGUUUGCAGGGAGUGUGGGCGAAGCUUCAGUCAGAAGUCAGUCCUCAUCAGACACCAGAGGACACACACAGGGGAGAAGCCCUAUGUUUGCAGGGAGUGUGGGCAAAGCUUCAGUGUUAAGUCAAAUCUCAUCACACACCAGAGGACACACACAGGGGAGAAGCCCUAUGUUUGCAGGGAGUGUGGGCGAAGCUUCAGUGUUAAGUCACAUCUCAUCAGACACCAGAGGACACACAUGGGAGAAAAACCAAAUGAAUGUCAUCUGUGUGGGAAAGCCUUUGUUCAUUGUUCUGACCUUAGACAACACGAGAGAACUCACUUUGGGGAGAAACCAUAUGGAUGCCACCUGUGUGGGAAGACUUUCAGUAAAGCUUCUUACCUUAGACAACAUGAGAGGACUCACAAUGGAGAGAAGCCAUAUGGGUGUCACCUGUGUGGGAAGGCCUUCACUCACUGUUCUCACCUGAGAAAACAUGAGAGGACUCACACUGGAGAGAAGCCGUAUGAAUGCCAUCUGUGUGGAAAAGCCUUCACUGAGUCUUCUGUCCUUAGACGACAUGAGAGGACUCACACUGGAGAGAAGCCAUAUGAAUGUCACCUGUGUUGGAAAGCCUUCACUGAUUCUUCUGUCCUUAAGCGGCAUGAAAGAACUCACACUGGAGAGAAACCAUAUGAAUGUCACCUAUGUGGGAAAACCUUCAAUCACUCCUCUGUCCUUAGACGACAUGAAAGAACUCACACAGGUGAGAAACCGUAUGAAUGCAAUAUAUGUGGUAAAGCCUUCAAUAGGAGUUAUAACUUUAGAUUGCAUAAGAGAAUUCACACUGGAGAGAAACCAUAUAAAUGUUACCUAUGUGGAAAAGCCUUCAGUAAAUAUUUUAAUCUCAGACAACACGAGAGAACUCAUGCUGUAAAGGUAAUAAAUGAAGAUUCACCACCCACACCUUCAAAGUAUAAACACUCUUGAGGACUCACACAAUGAAGAAAUACUGUGUUUAUU